AUGUGCUCACCAGAGGCCACCCAGAUGGUUCUUCGCCUGUCAGACAGACGGUUCUUCACCUGUCAGGCAGAUGGUUCUUCGCCUGUCAGGCAGAUGGUUCUUCGCCUGUCAGGGAGAUGGUUCUUCACCUGUCAGGCUGAUGGUUCUUCGCCUGUCAGACAGACGUACAUCCACGUGAUUGCCUGUGGUGUUGACGUGAAACAAAACAACAACCCAGCGAAUAAAGAAGCCUCCCUAGCUAUAGAGACUGCCUAUAAUAACCUAG